AUGGUUGUAGCUAAAGAGAUAAUACAAAAGAAUACAAAGUUGAACUUCCUCAGAGGAACAUAUAAAGUUAUAAGUAAUGAAACAAAAGAGUUCUUAGAGUCACAACAUUUGGAUUUUUCUUUAAUGAAAAGCAACAAGAACAGUGCAGAUGUACUAUUGUUAGGACCUGUUGCCCUACUCAAUCAUAAUUGCAAUCCUAACUGUAAGUAUGAAUCACUCUCGAAAUCCUCUGUGAAAAUAAGGUCAAUCAGAAAAGUCCUAGUUGGAGAUGAGUUGUCCUGUGAUUAUGGACCCAAUUAUUUUGGAAUUAACAAUGAACAGUGUGAGUGUAUAACUUGUCAAAACAAUCACAGAGGAUAUUUUAUAGGAAAAGAACUAAGAAGAGGAAUUGGGGACAGAAGCAGAUACCUGGAAGCAAAGAGGGAAUACAGAGAGGAAAUAAGAAAGGCAAAAGAAGAGGAAGUAAGAAGAAAGAAAUGAAAAAAAGGAGAGAGAGAUGAAAGACUAGGGGAAAGUAAAAAAUACAGAGAGAGAGAAGAAGGAGACGAUGAGAGAGAAGAGUUCUGGGAAGAAGUAAGAGAAGAAUUGAGGAAAAAAGAAGAAAAAGAAAUGGAAGAUAAGUUGGAAGAAUCAAGUUAUAUAAGUGGAAGGGGAUAA